CUGUGUAAGAUACAUGUGAAUUUAUUUCCGUCUGCGAGUCCCAAGUCACCGGCCUACGAGCCACAAUCAGUUUUGCCACCAGUGCAGUGCGUCGAGUUAAACGGAAUAAGAAUGGAACGUUGGUUUAAUAAAGUGGCUGUUGUUACCGGUGCCAGUACUGGAAUUGGUGCCAUUAUUUCAGAAGGUCUCGUGAAGGCAGGAGUAAAUGUAGUGGGACUUGCGAGAAAAGUGGAUAAACUUGAAGAGAUCAAAACCAGAUUAAAAAAUGAGAAAGGCAAAUUUUAUUCAAUUCAAACAGACGUAACAAAAGAGGACGAAAUCCUGAGGGCUUUUCGAUGGAUCGAAAAGGAACUUGGGGGCGUCGAUAUCCUCGUUAACAAUGCUGGAGUUAUUCUCAACGAACCUAUUAUUGACGGUGGCACUGAAGGUUUCAAAACAAUUUUGGAUGUAAAUGUAUUGGCGGUGGCAAUCUGCACAAGAGAAGCUACAAAAUCGAUGAGAAAUCGCAAGGUACCUGGCCACGUUGUUAUAAUUAAUAGUUUCGCUGGACAUUAUGCAGAAAGCAUUAAGGUCCCCGUUAGUUUGUACUGUGCUAGUAAAUAUGCAAUUACGGGCAUGACUGAAUCGCUCAGAAAUGAGCUGGCCGCUGCAAAGGCAAAUAUAAAAGUCACUAGUAUAAGUCCAGCAGCUGUAAGGACAGGCAUGCUUUUAAAUGCAGGAAUUCCAGAAGCAGUAAUUAAUCAAAUUUCGAUUCUGGAAACGAAAGAUGUUUUGGAUGCUGUUAUCUACGUCUUAGGUACACCUCCAAACGUUCAGGUUAACGAGCUCACCCUAACGAGUCUCGGUUUACCCCAUAGCUAAAAUAUUUAAGCUAUCAAAAUGCACAAAAGGAGAGAAGAAGGAGAUAAGAAUAGGGAAAAACGAUUUUCUCUAGAAAAAAUAGAGGAGACUUCCAUAAUCCAUAGAUCAAUUUUCUGAGCAGAUUAUAUAAUUUAAUAAAGUUCCCUGAAUCCCGGUUUAAAUUUUGUGGGAAAAGAGA